UCUUUAUAUAUUUCUUUUUCAUUACUACAUUCUUAUUUUCUUAUGCAUCUUUUCUUACAUUUUUUUGUAUUUUUAUCUUUGCAAUUAUAAUUCUUAAUAAAAAUACUUUUUAAUUUUGGAGAUUUUUGCCAUGACUUUUGGCAGGAUUAUGGCAUCAAUGGAUGCUGGAUUGUAGCAUGAUCAAUCUCUUCUUUUCCUAAUAAGGACCUAAAUUCCACCUGUCUCCUUUGUUGAUGCAUUCAGGACAUAGGUAUAACUUCUGUAAUUCUUGGCUUUCAAAUGAAUAAAUUGAAAUAAAAUAUGGUUCUCACAUUGUCUCCCUCCCAAUGCUAAAAUUGACUCAUGAUGGUAAAGGGACACUAGGAUUUAUCUGAAUGAAGUUCAGAUUUUUAAAAAUUGCACUGCACAUUUGCUCUUUGGAUCAUUCUGGACUUGCAGUUCCUACUGGAAAACAGGUGGAAAGCAGGUGGAGGCUGUGGUAAGAGAGCCUUUGACCAGCUCUGGCCAGUUGUUGCCUUUUCUGCAAUUAGAGGCAUUGAUUAUAGUAACUGCAAUAACUCAUACCCUUGUCACUUGGGUAUGAGUAGUCAUAGUCAUCUGGACUAUAUAGAACAGGAAUGUCAAACUGCUAGCCCACAGGUGGGACGCGUCAGGAUGAAACCGCGCCCACGCAUUGCCAAAAAUAGGGGAAAAGCUCCGAUACGUCGCACAACAUCACAUGACGUGAGUUUGACAUGUCUGAUAUAGGUUGUCUUGAAACCACCUGAAAUCUUUGGCUCACACAGAACCUGUCAUGCCUAUUAUACCAAUGGUAUGUCAUUGUUAAAAGAGCAAUAGUUAUUGAUUUGUUUCCAAAUGCAAUUCAAGGUGCUAGCUAUAACCCAAAUAUUUGGAGGCACAGAUUAGCAUCUUUCAGGCUGUUUGAAACAGAAUCUGCACAUCCAAGCUGUACAAAUGAACUAAACGCAUUUUGUGAACAGAGGCUGUCGUAUUGUGUUAAAUGCCAUGGUUCUUCACAUAAUAUGCUGAGUCAUGUUUAGAUAGAGUUUAUGAAUUUAUGAUCUAUGUUCAGUGACACAUUAACUCAUCACAGAAUUCACAUAACAGAAAUGACAUUUAGCUUGGCAAGUCUUAUGAACGGGAUUCAGGUUUGAAGCCACUGAGAAAUUCAAGCAAGGUGGAGUGACUUGCCUUUCAAGCUGAAAACUGGGCCCGUUUCCAAGAGCGCAUUGAAGCACAAGUGCUUUCUCAGCCCAGCUGGGAAAACAAGAGACCCCCACAGGAUUUGAGGCUUGAAAACCAAAGUAAACAGCUUCGUUACAGUACUGAAAAAAAAAAAUCAAGCCAUUCCUCAACUUCCAGUUCAGGAUAAUUGAAAUUUUAAAAGAUGUACAGCACCCACGCUUUAGAGUAGACACAGGGAGGGUAACUGUGACAGGAGCGCCACAGAGCGUGGCCGUGCAAGUGGCUGCAGAGAAGGAGUCGCGCAGGGAGGAAGAACGAAAUCAACAACUUCCCUUUAGGUCUGAGAAAGCAGCUUCCCAGCGUUGCUCGGCCGCUUUGGCGGAGGGAUCGGAGCCGCUCGAUGGCUCCGGGACCGAUUAGGCGGCCCUAAAAGCCAAUUCAAGCGGAGAAGGGGGAGCGUUGGCGGCUGGCAAAAAGCGUGCCGAGCUUGGGGACACGUCAGGAGAGAGAAGCCACAUUGUUAACUCAGUUUAACUGAUGCGGGGGAGAGACGGCGGGCGGCGAGAAGCUCUCCAGGGAAUGAUUGUAACUAAAGGUGCCCUUUUUCAUUCAGCCAGUAAAUGCUGACAUCACACAGCAACAUUCCUGUGUGCCUUCAUGAGUGGCUUUCACAUAGAGAAAAGGAGAUGCUUUAAAGAAUGGAGUUGGCUUGCAGCUUGCUAUUUAAUGAAGAGGUUUAUAAUCAGCUGGGUGAAUUUCAGAAAACAGAAUUUGCUUUGGAAUGGCUGAGGUUUUUGGAAAAACUUUUACCAGCAACUAAUCAGGCUGAUAUAAGGGAAAAACAGAACAAACUUGUUGAGCAAUUGAUAUCUUUAUUAACCAAUUCACCAGGACCUCCUGCUAGACAACUCAUUGCCAAGAACCUUGCUAUAUUGUAUAGCACAGGAGAUGUUUUUUCUGUUCACCAAACAAUUGACAAAUGCAAUGAACUUAUUCUCAGUAAAGAUGAUUCACCAAGCUAUCUACCUACUAAACUUGCUGCAGUGGUUUGUUUGGGCUAUUUAUACAAAAAACUGGGAAGAAUUUUGGGCAACAGCUUUGUGAAUACUGUGGGAAAUAUUCUUAAAGCAAUGAAGAAUGCAGAGUCUCAAGGACGAUACGAGAUCAUGCUAAGUUUGCAGAACAUACUGAAAGGGUUGGGAGCUGCUGCUGUUCCUUGUCACAGAGAUAUCUACAAAGCUGCUCGUACAUGUUUGACAGAUAGAUCAAUGGCAGUUCGUUGUGCUGCUGCAAAAUGUCUUCUUGAACUUCAGAGUGAAGCAACUUUUAUGUGGAGUACAGACAUAGAUAGUGUAGUAACUCUAUGUUUUAAAUCCUUUGAAGGAUCCAACUAUGAUGUGCGAAUGGCUGUUUCUAAGCUUUUAGGCUAUGUAUUGAUUAGUGCUAUAACAUCAAAACAAGCCACAGCAUCUGCUAGACAACACGUUCGCAAAAUCUCAUUUAUGGAAGCCUUGGAACUGCUAGGGACAGGUUUUCUUCGUGGAAGUUCUGGAUUUCUACGAACUGGUGGUGAUAUUCUGAAAGGAAUCAGCUCAGUCAGCAGGGAUGUCAGAGUUGGAGUUACUCAGGCAUAUGUAGUGUUCAUUUCCACAUUAGGAGGAGAAUGGCUUGAGAGGAAUUUUUCUGCUUUGCUUUCCCAUAUUCUGGAUCUCGUCUCUCAGUCUCACCCUAAGGCUAUUCAGACACAAAUGGACAGUAUCUGUAGCCGCCGUUGUAUUUCAUUUAUCCUCCGAGCUACAGUAGGAGGCCUUCUUGGGGAAAAAGCUCGAAUUGCAACUGCCAAGGAAAUUUGUCAAGCCAUCUGGAAACUGAAGAAAGUUAUGGAUGCUGCAGUGAGUAACUGUAAUGUCGAAACCCAUAUUGGUACAACAGAGGUAAUAGCAAACCAGCAUAUGUUAAUAUGUGCUCUAGAAGAGCUUGGAAACCUCAUAUAUGGCUUAGGUACUACAGCUGCACCUGUUCUGCAAGAUUCUAGUAUAGGAGUCCUGGAUGCAGUAAUCUCCAUUCUUCUUCAUCCCUGCAUUUCAGUUCAGCUAGCAGCAGCAUGGUGCUUACGAUGUAUUGCUGUAGCAUUACCCUGCUAUCUCUCUCCAUUUCUGGAUACCUGUAUUGAGCGCCUGACGGCAAUGAAAUCCUCCCCAGAAGCAGUGACUGGCUAUAGUUUUGCCAUUGCUGCUUUGUUAGGAGCUGUCAGGGAAUGUCCUUUAGGAAUUCCGCACGGUAAAGGGAAGGUUGUCAUGAUGGUAGCUGAGGAUCUUUUGCGUUCGGCUUCUCAGAAUAGUCGAAUUUCAGUACAAAGAAUGCAGUCAGGUUGGCUUUUGAUAGCUGCUUUAAUGACAUUAGGUCCUGCUGUGGUCCAGCAUCAUCUUCCUAGAGUGUUGUUGUUAUGGAAAUGUGCAUUUCCAGUAUCUCCUAAAGACUUAGAAACUGAGAAGAACCGUGGUGAUUCAUUUACCUGGCAAGUGACACUGGAAAGCCGAGCAGGUGCUCUCUGUGCUGUCAAAAGCUUUAUUCUCUAUUGUGGGGGACUGCUUACAGAUGAAGUGAUUCAAAGACUGCUUCCUCCUGUGCCCUGUGCUGUUGAUUUACUGACACGGCUUCCUUCACUAAAUAAAAUGUAUGGCAGUGCUUUAAAAUUAUCAUCAGUGACAUAUAGGAACAGACUUUAUGAACUGCUUGCUUUGUUGCCUCCCAAGAGUUAUGAAGGAAGUUUUUCUGCUGUUCUUAAAGAACUAGUGCAAGACUUGACUCAAUUUGAUAACCAGGCAGCCGUCUCUGCUGCGUAUCUUCCGCCCUUUUCCCACCACUGCGAACUUGCCUUAUUUGAUCCGUUACUGCGGGAGACAGAACACAGAUUUAUUGAAGAGCAGUUAUUCUUAGUUAACAAUACAGCUGGGGGAAGCUUGGAGUUUGACCCAUUUGCAAUCUAUGAGAAGGCUGGGCAUGGAGAUUCAGUGCCUAAGCCUUUGUCUCCAACUUCAUCCAUUAUCAGUGCAUCAACCCGUCUUUUUGGAGUGAUAUUUUCACAAGUAACAGAAACACAAAGGCUGCAAGUGCUGGAACAGUUAUUGGCAUCCAUAAAACAAACCAAAGGAUCACGGCAACAGAUAAUACAGAAAAAUAUUAUAUCAGCAAUUUGCAGUGUCCUAAAGCACUUGGCUAGCCAUAAGGGAAAUUUAGGUUAUGAAGAAAUCCAAAGCUGCACCUUGAGCUUGAUCCUAAGUGCCUUGGAAAGUAACAGUCCCCUUCUAAGAUGUUCUGCUGCUGAAGCCUUAGCCAGACUCGCACAGGUGGUAGCUGAUAAUACCUUCACUGCUGGAUUGGCACAAAUUAGCUUUGACAAGCUAAAAUCUGCAAGAGAUGUGAUAUCAAGAACAGGACAUUCUUUGGCUCUGGGCUCUCUUUAUAAGUAUACAGGAGGAAUCAGUUCCACUCAUCAUCUUACUGCAUGUGUUGGAAUACUUUCUACUUUAUCUCAGGAUAACACUUCACCUGAAGUACAGACGUGGGCACUGCAUUCUCUGUCACUGAUCAUUGAUUCUGCUGGUCCUUUAUAUCAUGUGCAUGUGGAACCUACCCUCUCUCUUGUUCUUAUGUUGUUGUUGACUGUGCCUCCUGCUUAUACUGAAGUCCAUCAAAGCCUUGGUCGCUGUUUAAAUGCACUUAUAGCCACUUUGGGUCCUGAGUUGCAAGGCAGCAGUGCUGCAGUCUCAGCCUUAAGGGCAUCCUGUCUCCUUGGCUGCGCAGUGAUGCAAGAUCAUCCUGACUGCCUCGUCCAGGCUCAAGCUAUCUCUUGCCUUCAGCAACUUCACAUGUUUGCUCCUCAUCACGUAAACCUGUCUAGUCUUGUAAAGUGCCUUUGUGAAAUCUUGUUGGAAAAUUCUGUGUUGGUGAAUCUCUCUAGUUCAUAUCUAUUAUUGAGACGUGCAGUUCUAGCUUGUUUGCAUCAGCUUGUGCAGAGAGAGGCAGUUGAAGUAUCUGAACAUGCAGUGGUCCUCGCUAAAGACAGUAGAGAAGAAUUUACUCCAGUUGUUAAUAUAGGUGAAAUAGGCCUUGAAGGAGCUUUGCUGAGCUUGUUGGACAAAGAAUUGGACCCCAAACUGUGCCAAGAUAUCAGAGAAACUCUGACUCAUAUGCUUAUAUCAAUGGCUGUUGGAAAACUCUCCUUUUGGCUGAAACUCUGCAAAGAUGUUCUGGCUGCUUCUGCUGAUUUUACAACUAUAGCUUCAGUGGAUACAAGCCAAGAAGAAGAGGGUACUCAAGUAGAUGAUGAAUUGGCAUUAACGUUGGCAAAGAAGGAUAAAUUGCACCCAUUCCCACAUCCCCGAUGGUCUACUAGAGUUUUUGCUGCAGAAUGUGUUUGUAAAAUUAUCACCCAGUGUGAGAAUGCGGGCAGUGCUCAUUUUGACAUAGCUUUAGCACAGGAAAUGAAACAAAGGGACUCAAGAGAUGAUUUCUUGGUAUUAUAUUUAGCUGACCUAAUUCGUAUGGCUUUUAUGGCUGCCACUGAUCACAGCAACCAACUUCGUCUUUCCGGACUUCAGAUGUUGUUAAUUCUUAUUCGAAAAUUUGCUGCUGUAGUAGAGCCAGAAUUCCCAGGUCACGUAAUACUGGAGCAAUACCAAGCCAAUGUUGGUGCCGCUCUUAGACCAGCUUUUACACCAGAAGCACCACCUGAUGUAACAGCAAAAGCAUGUCAGGUUUGCAGUGCUUGGAUAGCAAGUGGUGUAGUAAAUGAUCUUAAUGACCUUCAAAGAGUUCAUCAUUUGCUUGUGACAUCCUUGACAAAAGUACAGGCUGGAAAAGAAGCACAAAAUCAACUAUACAAUGAAGGGACAUCUACUAUGGAAAUACUCGCUGUACUAAAAGCUUGGGCAGAGGUUUCUAUAGUUGCCUUACAAAGACAAAAGAAACAAAAUUACCUCAAUAGCCCACCAUUGGUUAAAAACAUUUCAGAGGAAGGUUUCCGGGAUCCAUCCUCUUCAGUGGAUGAACUUCUGGAUUUAGUCCAAGUGGAUCUAGGGAAUCUGAGCAAACUCUGGCUUGAUGCACUUCAGGAUUUUGCUCUCUUAACUUUGCCUUCAGAAUUUGCUUCUCAACUUCCCUCUGAAGGUGGUGCUUUCUAUGCUGCAGAAACAAUUGAAAAUGCAAGGCCACAUUAUCAAAAUGCCUGGGCUCAGAUUCUUCAUGCUACUGCAUUAUGGCUUACUAGCACCGGUUUUCUAGUUGGUGAUUCAGAUGAAGGUCUAACUAAUCUUUCACGACCUGUUACUCCAACUAGUAUGUGUCAAGAUUCAACCUCUAGGGCCGCGGUAAAAUCACCUGAAGAUGUGAAUACUGAUAGAUUUCAUCUUGUUCUGGGAAUUAGUGUGGAAUUUCUCUGUUCUCCCCGGUCAGAUGAAACAAUGGAGAACAUUACUGCUUGUCUAGAUGCCCUGCAAGUCCUGCUUGAGGUUUCCUGGCCAAGAGCUAAGAUUGGAAGUGAUCAGGAGCUGAGUGUGGAGUUGUUGAAUGUUUUACAUCGACUUAUACUGACCAGAGAGUCCCCAGACAUUCAACUUGCUGCUCUACAAGUCGUCCAGCUGAUUCUUUUUGCAGCACAGGAGCACAUCAAGGAAAAACGAAGAAGUGCAGAAGUUGAUGAUGGGGCUGAAGAAAAGGAGACAUUGCCAGAGUUUGGAGAAGGCAAAGAUACAGGAGGACUUAUACCUGGAAAGUCUUUAGUCUUUGCAACACUGGAAAUGUGUGUGUGUAUUCUUGUAAGGCAGCUACCUCAGCUAAACCUGAAGAUAACAGGUGGCCCUGGAAUUACAGCUGGAAAACCUCAAUUGUUAUCAGAAGACGGGAAUAGACUGGUAGCAGCAGCCCUGGGAAUCCUCUCUGGUGUUCCUGCAGUCUGUUCACCAGAAGGAAGCAUUGCUGUUCUUCCCACUAUCUUAUAUCUGAUUAUUGGAGUCCUCAGAGAAACUGCUGUGAAGUUGUCCAGUGGCCACUUACCCAUGACUGUUUCUGCAUCACUGCAAGCUCUUAAAGGAGUCCUAAUAUCACCCCUGGCUCAGGCAGAGAAGAGCCAAAUGGCUUGGAAUGAAUUGCUCCGUAGUGCUCUGGUCACCAUUCUUAAUUUUUGGGAUCAAGAUGAUACGGGUCAAGAAUUGGACGAAAGUAGUCUGCUGACUGCAAUCACCAUAUUUAUUUUGUCUGCAAGUCCGGAAGUUAGCACCUUGGAAUGUCUUCAGAGACAGUGCAUUGAGAAAUUUAAAUCAGCAAUGGAAUCUAAAGAUCCCACUGUGCAACUUAAAUGCUACCAGCUGCUGCUUUCCAUUUUCCAGUGUCCCAAUCAAGCUGUCUCAUAUCCCUACAUUCAUUCAUUAGUAUCUUCAGUGGUGGCCAAACUACAGGAAACAGAAAAAAUUAAACCAGAGAAUUCUGCCGAACUUCAAGUUGUGCAAGAAGAAAUAAAGGUAGUGGCUGCUGUUGUAGCCCUUGCUGAGGAAGAGCAUCGAAGUCAACUAGUGGCUUGUUUUAUUCCCAUCCUCAUAUCUUUUCUUUUGGAUGAAAAUGCCCUAGGAUCCGUUUCAAGUUCAGCAAAGUAUCUUCAUGAGUUUGCUUUGAGUUACCUGAUGCAGAUUGGUCCACAGUAUACAUCAGCCUUUAAAAAGUUAAUGGCUUCUUCCCCAUCAAUGAAAGCAAGACUUGAGUCAGCCGUGAAAGGAAAUCAAGAAAGCAUCAAGGAUAAGGCAACACCUAAGCAUCCAAAGAAUCCUGUGAAAGGCUCAAGUAUUCAACUAAAGACUAACUUUCUGUGAAAAGGACCUCACCUUAAACCUUAAACAUCCUGGUUAUAUUGAAAAGUGUUUUUUUUUUCAGGUAUUAUCAUGGAGAUUUUUGUUUUCAGUUCUAUUAUGCAUUAUUUAAUUUUGUAUAAUGCUCCAAUUCCAGAGAAGUGCAUGCAUGCACCCAUCUCUCUAUCUCUCAGCUGACUGACUCAGUAGCAGCUACUGAACUAGAGCUAUAUAGUACCAGUUACAAGAUCUGUUUGCAAAUACAAUUCCCAAUAAGAAGAGGCCCAUUCAAUUGUUAAAAUAUAUAUUACAAGAUUUUUUUUAAAGUUGCAAUUUUAUUUGGAAUAUACUAUAACACUCUUGAAUAAAAUAUAUUGAAGACUUAAUGUGUUAACAACUUGAUACACUUAUAUUAAUAAAGUUACUUUUAUUUCAGUCUUGAAUCUUAGCACAAACGUCAACCUAGGGAAGCUCUUAUGCAUUGCUAUUUCUUGAUAAUACAGGUUUAAAACCACAAUUGGGACUGGAACUUUCAUCGCGAAAUGAUGCUGUUGUUAAGUGAGUCACACCUGAUUUUACAACAUUUUUGCCAUGGUCAUCACAGUUGUUACGCAAAUCUGGCUCUCCCACCACCACCCCAUUGAUUUUGCUUGUUGGAAGCCCCCGGGAAAGUCAUAAAUGGAAAUCAUGUGAGCCAGAAACAUUGCAGCAAUUGUAAAUAUAUGUCCAUUGACAAGCACCCAAAUUUUGAUCAGUGGGGAUGCUGUGAUGGUCGUAAGUGUGAGGAUCAGUCGUAAGUCACUUUUUUCAGCACUUGCUAAACAAUAGUAAUACCAAUAGCACUUAGACUUAUAUACCGCUUCAUAAUACUUUACGGUCCUCUCUAAGCUGAUUAUAGAGUCAGCAAAUUGCCCCCAACAAUCUGGGUCCUCAUUUUACUGACCUCGGAAGGAUAGAAGGCUGAGUCAACCUUGAUCUGGUCAGGAUUGAACUCCUGACAGUGAGCAGCCUGCAAUACUGUAUUCUAACCACUGCAUUACCAAGGCUUACAAUAAAUGGUUGUAAGUCAAGCACUCCCUAUAAUGAUUUUUGUGUGUGUGUGAUAAUUUGCUGGUAUGAACUCUUAAACAAAAACACAAAAGAGCAACUUAGUAUACAGUAUGUUCACUUUUGGCUCCUUGAAGUGCAUUGCCUGUUCAUUUUAGAUGACAAGUAGGGAAAAUUACCUCUAAUGCUAGAAUUAAUGACACAAAGUACAUGGCUAGCUCUUUUAAUCUGACUAAUUUGUUAAAAAUGGUUAAAAUGUUAGUUUUGCUAUCCCAUUUUAAUUGUAAAUUUAAUCAUGAAAUUCUUUACAGUUCUAUACAGUAUUGUGUUAUACCAGUGGUUCUCAACCUGUGGGUCGGGACCCCAUUUGGGGUCGAACAACCAUUUCAUGGGGGUCGCCAAACAAGGCUGUCCGCAUUUUUUCUCCUUUUCUUUGGCCACGCCCCUGGCAACCAGUGAUGUAUAAGUGGUUGGGGGUCACCACAACAUGGGGAACUGUAUUAUGGGGUCGCGGCAUUAGAAAGGUUGAGAACCACUGUGUUAUACUAAUUUAGUCAUGACAUAAUUAAGUAAAAGGACUAUUCUUGAAAUCCACAGAAACAUAAAAUUAUUGUUAAGUAACUAAAACCCACAUUUAAAUUAUUAUUGAUCACCAAUGAAUUGUGGAGCAAUUAAAUGUUGAUGACAAUUCACUCAAA